UCAAACAACGACUGAUUUAUUGUAUUUACGAUUUUCACUGACGCCAAGUCGCCAAUCACCAGCGACCAGCCGACAUUCGACAUUUCGACGUACCGAUUACAGACCGCAGUCGCCGUUCUGACGUUCUCGCCUUUUCCGCGCUACCAUUGCUUGCAGUUGCUUCGUUCGAGAUGGCCAUCACAAAUACAGUUGUGAUUCCGAGAAAUUUUAGACUACUUGAAGAAUUAGAACAAGGACAGAAAGGUGUCGGCGAUGGCACUAUUAGUUGGGGUCUUGAAAAAGAUGAUGAUAUGACUUUAACUCAAUGGACUGGAAUGAUCAUUGGACCGCCUAGAACUCCAUAUGAAAAUAGAAUGUACAGCUUAAAAGUAGAAUGUGGUCCUAUGUAUCCAGAUGAUGCACCUGUCGCUCGUUUUGUUACGCGCAUUAAUAUGAAUUGUGUUCAUAACACAAGUGGACUGGUUGAUAAUAGACAAGUUCCAGUGUUGGCUAGAUGGCAACGUGAUUAUAAUAUCAAAACUGUUCUGCAAGAGCUUAGGAGAUUAAUGACACUUAAGGAUAACAUGAAAAUGUCUCAGCCACCUGAGGGUAGCACAUUCUAGCCAUCGCCGCUGUCUGAACCAUGGAAUAGUUUGUACCUUGCGCCUCGCUACCAACCCACAGCAGCCGCACCGGUACAACCUACACAGCCGAUGCAAGCAGUACAACAACAACAACAACGCCGCUUCAUUGGUCGUUGCCUGAGGAUUAUAUUCCCAUGCUGUUAUUAUACAGCUCCUCAGACCGACACCUAGAUUUUAAUUAAAGUGUUUGGGAAAUGUCUAUCCCUUUCAUUUUUGGUUAUAAACAUAUUUUCCACGGGAAUAUAAGUUUUACAGAUCAUUUUGUUUUAUAAUUUUUGUUAAAUUUUUCAUUUAAUUUCAUGGUUCAGAAAGCGAUAUCACAUUUAGGCAUAUUUUAUAUACUAUUUAUUAUAUUAUAUUAUAUACUCGUAAAUAGAUAAUUAGACAUUGUUUUAUUUUAAGUACUAAAAAAAAAACUAAUAUUUAAAUCGUAAUAAUGAAUAUAAAUUGAGGUUACUUGUGAGUAAGUAAUUACUAAUUUAAUUAGAUAAUUUUACGAGUAAUAACAUUCUCACAAUAGAUGCUCACUAUCAUUAAUAGUAAAUGAAAAUAUUUAUAAUAUUUAAUACUGAUCUUAAUUCAUGUUUUAAACCUUAGAUUCACUUCAGUUUCUGUGUUUUGUGUUAUUUAUUGUACUAGUUUUUAAUAUUUAAGAACAUGUAAAAAAACAACACAUUUUAUGUUUUUAAGGGGUUUAAAAACUUAUUACCUGAAGUUUAUUUUUAAACAAUUUAAUUUAUAUUAUAUUUUAUUUUUAAUUUUACAUUUAAUACAUUUUUAAGUAUGUGAGGUGAGCCUGAUAAAAUAAAUACAUUAAACAUUGUC